UUAUAAAUUUGAACUAUGAAUUUAAGAAACAUGUCUGACUCUGAAAUGGAGAUGUCAGACAGGAACGGCAAGGAUUUGUUUUCAGAGAGUUCCAAGAAGAGUUCAAGUGAUUUAGGAAGUUAUAUUGAAGCUACAGUCAAGGAUUCAGAGGAGAUUGGUUAUGUACAGGGGUUUAUCCAGAUGUGAAAAUAUGCCCUGCCUUCAUCAGGAGGGAUGAUCUUGAGGAGGGUCAUUGAUAUUAUGAAUUUUGUGGUAAUUGGGAGGUUAGGAGACCCUACUCUUGUUUCUGGAGCAGGGCUUGGUAUAACUACUAUUUGUGUUACAACGACCUCACUUGGAGUAGGAUUAGCUGGCGGGGUCGAAACACUUUCAUCUCAAGCCUUUGGAAGUGGAAACAAUUAUCUUGCAGGUAGAUACUAUACAAGAGCUCAAGUUGUAUUAACGAUUUUGUUUGUACCUCAAGCAAUAUUAUUGUAUUUCAUCACUCCUAUCUUGAUAUCUGUAGGUCAGCCAGUUAGAUCAGCAGAAAUAGCAGGACUAUUUAUAAAGAUCUUGAUUCCUGGAGUAUGGGGAUAUUGUCAAACAGAGCUGUUGAGAAAGUUCCUUGGGACUCAAGGAGCAUUUUAUAUCGUAACCAACUCUCAAAUUUUCAAUCUAUUACUACAUCCAAUAUGGUUAUACAUAUUUGUUUCUGCCUUUAGCCUCUCCGUCAGUGGGGUUGCCAUCGCUACUUCUAUCACUUACUUUAUGAAUUACCUCGUACCAGUGAUCUAUGUUACUUUCAAAAAGGACUCAGUCAGGGAGAACAGCAUGCACUGGAUCAACAAGGACUCCUUCGUAGGACUCUGGCAGUACAUGAAAUAUGCCAUCCCAGCCAUGAUGCUUACAGCACUAGAAUAUUGAGCUUUUGAAGCGACCACUAUAAUUGGAGGCACUAUUGGGGAAAGUGAACUAGCAGCAUGUGUUAUUUUGUUCAAUGUGGUGGCGUUUGUGUAUAUGGUGCCUCUUGGGUUCUGAUAUGCUGCCAACACUCUUGUUGGGAAUAACCUCGGGGCGAUGAAUGUUAAGAAUGUUAAUAUUUAUAGGGAUCUAGCUACUUAUAUUGCGGUGGGAUUUAGCCUUGUUCUUGGUGCAAGUAUGUUCGUUUUCAGAUAUCAGAUUGCGAAUUUAUUUACUCAAGACCAAGGGAUUAUCGAUAUUGUAGUUGCUGGGAUGCCUUUGGCGUCUCUUAGUACCUUCGGUGACUAUACCCAAGGUAUUACCCAAGGGACAAUCAAGGCAAUGGGGAUUCAAAGCUAUGCAACAGUGUUUGCCCUGACUGGAUUCUGGGUGAUUGCUAUUCCUCUGACAGCCUUGUUCACCUUCAAAUUUCAUUGGGGUAUCUAUGGAGCCUGGGGAGGAUUGCCGAUCGGCCUUGCUUUUGUUGGGAUAUCCUAUAUUUUCUUGGUUUAUAGGACAGAUACUACUGCUUUGGCUCAAAAAGUCUCAGAAAGGAUCAUGAAAGAAGCUGAAGGAAGAGGUGGAAAUCGGUUUAACACUUCAAAGAGUGUAUAUUCGGAUUCUUUCUUACAGGAUUAA